GAUAGUCAGAGAGGGAAGGAGGGAGACAACCAAAGAGGUGUUUUGUGCUUGUGACGAGCAGUGCCAGACUACAUCCUUCAUUUUUAUCUCUAGAGUUCUCAACCAGCUGCCUGACCAUGAACCUGUCAGAGCAGAUGUCAUCUCUCUUCAGCUGUAAUGUCAGCCCAAGUGAGAUGCCACAGCUCAACAUUGGUGUCACCAAAAGUGAGCCUCUGACAAUUGCUGUCCCCAUGACCAUCUUCUACACCAUCAUCUUCUUGUUUGGAGUGCUGUUCAAUGGUGUGAGCAUACUGACCUUGCUCAUGGAUGCACAAAUGAGAGUCAGUGCUAUUCGUUUCUACCUGCUCAGCCUGGUCUUAUCAGACAUUCUGCAGCUAUUGACCAUCCCAGUAACAUUGUAUCGGUAUUACUGGGAAAGCUACCCAUGGCGUCUGGGACAAGUGGUAUGCAAGGUCUACUUCAUGGUCCGCCAAGUGUACUGUGCCACCACAAGCUGGGUUAUCAUGACCUUUACUGCUGAGCGUUAUGCAGCCAUUUGCCAUACCAUGUGGUCUGUUUCCAGCCUGAAGAAAUCUAGGCUGCCAUGUCUUGUUUCAGUAUGGAUCAUUUCCCUGGUGUCAGCAGUGCCCUUUGCUCUGGUCUAUAACCAGGCACGUGCCUGCAUCCUGGACUACACUGCCACCACACGAAAAGAUGCCUUCCAUAUCUCCACCAUGUGUGAGAUGACAGAACCUGAUCCUGCACACAUCUACAAAGGAGCUUUACUCCUGAGAGCGGGAUUCUUCUUCCUGAUCCCACUGGUCUCCAUCUUUACUCUCUAUCUGCUCAUCCUGCUCUACCUGAGGAGGAACGGACGUCAAAGGAGAAACAUGGGUCUCACACGGCCAGAUCCUGAAGGAAGACGGGAUAUCCAGUGCCAUCAGAAUGGAAAGCUACUUUUAAAUGAAAAGAGAGCUCUAAAACUUAUGGGUGCAGUCGUCGUGGCCUUUUUUGUUUGCAACUUUCCAGACAUUGCCUCGUCGCUGAUGCAGGUCUAUGUGGUUGUGUGGUCCGACACCGUCCUUUCUAUCUACACAAUCCUGAAAUCGUACUUGUCCCUUCCACUAUGGUAUGUCAACGGUGCUUUGGAUCCUCUUCUUUUCUGUAUCUCUUCCCACACAUUUCGCAGAGCGUGCUGGAGAACUCUGGGCAGGCUCAGGCCUCACUGCAACUGGAAAUACAGGAGCAUGUCUUGGCUGCGGCAGAGAAGUUCUAGUGAAGAAACAAGCACAACAGCCAGAGAGAGGGCUGAUGGUAAAUGCUCUAGAGGAGAGGAUGGACAAAAAGACACAUAAAGCCACUAACAAAUCAGUUCAGAGGGAUGGAGAUAGCCAUGAAAGUCCCUUUCAACAUGAGCUACAAGAGCACGCUUCUGACUUGUGAGAUUUUUUAUUCUUUCUCCAAAAACUCUGCUUUCUUUCUUUUCCUUUUAUGGAAAGUCAUAUACUCUCAGUCAUUUUUGUAAAUAUUGUAAAAAGUGUUUACUGUGUCUGUAAAAUGUGUGGAAUUCCCUGUGUUGUACUGUGGGCUAACAUUUCUGUUCUUUUAGAUGAUUUCAGAUGAUUCUUUCAGAUGUUAAAAAAUAUAUGUUUCAUGCUAUAUAGCUUAUAUUGUUGUGACAGAUGUGAAGAUAUGGGAAAACAUUCAAUUCCCAAGAAAUUACUGGAUAAGAGGUAGUACUGAGUAUUACUUGCGGUUUGUCUGCUGUUGAGUUUACAUUAUGUGUUGUUCAAAGGCAUUACCCCAAUCCUACCUGUGACAUGUGAAAUAUACAUCCAAUAUAAAAAAAAAGGUUUAAACAUGCUUGAUUCUUGUAUUAGCCUGUAACAAAUUAUGUUUGGUCAAAUGAUGGUUCCUUAAUGCUUGCUGACAGUGUUAAUUGCAAUCAUUUAUUUUAGCUUCAAAAAACUGUUUGUAGAUUACAUAUAUGAGCCUGUGUUUCAGAAAUAUAUAUUUAGACUUUUGUGAAUCUAGUUGUAUUUUUGCAUGUAAUAUCAGUACAAUUUUGGCAAAUAGCUGUGGAGUACAGUGGAGUGCAGAAAAGUCUUCCUGUGUUGUCAAGACAACCAACAGCAGGCGACAUGAUGACUAAAACUGAGACCCAGUCUAUCAAACCACUAUAAUUUCAUCUGGUCUCUCCAGGCUGAUAUUAGUUUUUAGUAGUAUAAUUGUGUCUAAAAGAUUUCAUAGUUUUCUGCUCCCUCAAUAAUGACACAUUUUAGAGCCAAAGGAUUCUGGAUACCGACUCCCUUUUCAGUGAGGUCUUAAGAUGAAUGUGAAUAAAUACUUGGCAGAUUGAUCCACCUACUGCUAGAUUGAUAGAUAUCUAUUUAUAGAACUAUUUUGAAAAUAAGCAAACAGGAUCUGACCUCUUCAUUGCUCUUGUUUUCACCAAUACUUCAGUUUUCUUCAUAUAAAAGUGUGCUCACACUCUCACCUUUACCUGUAUACCAACAUAAAAUAUAGCUGAUAGUGUGUGGUUGAAUUGUCACAUUCUGUGUGUGUAAUUAAAAGAAAAAGAAGAA